GCUCCAUUUUUAUGGACAUUUAUUUCUCUCUCUCAUUCUUGCCUGAAACAACAAUACUCUCUGCAACCACCUUCAUCAACAAAUCUACCUCACCCAAAAUUUUCUUCCACAACCAUUUUUCAUCUAAAUCCUAUAACCAACAUGCUAAAGGGUAGCCAUGAGAAUCAUCUUUUGCUAAAAAUGGAGUCUUUUUUAUUCUUCUGAUGAACUUGAAAGAAGCUUGCUUUAUGGCUUCUGGUGCGAUUUAAUGCUUCUUGUUUGUGGCUUCCAAGUUGCAGAAACUCUCUAUUCAAGAUCUUGGAGUAAUGUUUUUAUUGGUCGCGCAGGAAGAAAAAGAUAAAACUCUUAAGACUUUCUUUUCGCACGGGUGUCAGGGGCAGCGGUACGAGCAGUUGGGUGUUGCCUUAUUGGCGUUGAGUUCAUGAGAUUAUUAUUUUUACAGCUGCUUCUUGUCAAAGUUGGGGACUCUUUGAUAUCGGUUUUGGUGAGUUUGGCUGGUUAGGGCUGACAUUCAUUUUCUCAUAUACUGAUUCCUUAUUCAUAUGGUUUCUCCUCCAUUGGCAAUACUGCAUAUACUCGUGGAAGUUCUCUUCGUAUUCUUUUGUUCUUUUUAAACCUUAUCGAACACUUCUAUGAAAGGAGCUUGUAUAGUGGUGCUUUAGUGUAGUUGAUGGUUUUUGGUAUUUCGUUACUCGUUUCAUAGGUAUCAGAAUUUCUCAACUUGUUUAAAAAGCCUGACUAACAAGCAAGUCACAAUCAUUAUGUCAUUAUCUAGCUUUAGGUUUCGAUGGGUAAGUAUCAAACCAUAAAGUUGGAGGGGUAGACUUUGAUCUUUUUAUAUUAAGGUUGGGCUUGUGCAAUGGGAAUUUCAACACAUUUGGUUAGAGAUGUUCUAACCUGGGUCCUGAAGAUUAGCACAUUUGGGAACGCUGGAAUUCUGGUUCAACUUGUGGUUCUAUCAGAUUUAUGGUGGUUGGUUUCAGGCCUAGGCUCCAUGUCUUCCAUCGCCAUUUCUUAUGGGGAGAAUGGACCCGUUUUUUGUGGCUUAAAGUCAGAUGCGUCUCAUCUUGUGACAUGUUAUGGUUCUAAUUCUGCUAUAAUCUAUGGUACUCCAGCGCGUUUCCCUUUUAUUGGCUUAACUGCUGGUGAUGGUUUUGUUUGUGGGCUUCUAAUGGGAUCUAACCAGCCAUAUUGUUGGGGAAGUAGCGGUUAUAUUCAAAUGGGAGUUCCUCAGCCUAUGGUCAAAGAGGCUGAAUACAUAGAAAUCAGUGCAGGUGAUUACCAUUUAUGCGGUUUGAGAAAGCCAUUAACAGGCAGGCACAGAAACUAUUCUCUUGUUGAUUGUUGGGGUUAUAACAUGACCAAGAACUAUGUGUUUGAUGGACAGAUUCAAUCAAUCUCGGCUGGUUCUGAGUUUAACUGUGGGUUGUUUUCUCAGAAUAGGAGUGUUUUUUGUUGGGGUGAUGAGACUAGUAGCCAUGUGAUAAGCUUAAUUCCUGAACAGAUGAGGUUUCAAACGAUUGCAGCUGGUGGAUAUCACGUUUGUGGGAUUUUAGAGCUGAAUUCUAGAGCCUUUUGUUGGGGAAGAAGCUUGGACCUUGAGGAAGAGAUCUCUGUGGCAUAUUCAGGUCAAGGAAAUGUGGAUUUGCCUCCAAUUGAUCCAAUGCUUUCUGUUGUGGGAGGAAAGUUCCAUGCUUGCGGAAUCAAGAGCUAUGACCAUGGGGUGAUUUGUUGGGGUUUUAUUGUAAAGCCAAGCACUCCAGCUCCUAGUGGCAUUAAGGUCUAUGAAAUUGCUGCUGGAAAUUAUUUCACUUGUGGAAUUCUUGCUGAAAAAUCUCUAUUGCCUGUUUGCUGGGGUCUUGGGUUCCCUAGCUCACUGCCUUUGGCAGUCUCUCCAGGACUUUGCAGAACUACUCCUUGCACACCUGGUUCCUACGAAUUUAACGAUGAUAACACACCCUGCCAGUCUCCCAAUUCUCAUGUCUGUUUGCCUUGCAGUAAUGGUUGCCCAGCUGAAAUGUACCAGAAAACUGAAUGCACUUUGAAAUCAGAUCGUCAGUGUGAUUAUAAUUGUUCAAGUUGUUAUUCAGCAGAAUGCUUCUCAAAUUGUUCUGCCUUGUAUUCUGAUGCUGCUAAAGGAAAGGACGACAGGUUUUGGUCAUUGCAAUUGCCAGUCAUCAUUGUGGAGAUCGGCUUUGCUGUUUUCUUGGUGAUUGUUGUAUCUGCAACUGCAAUUUUGUAUGUUCGCUACCGAUUGAGGAAUUGCCAGUGCUCAGAAAAGGGAUCAAAAUCCAAGAAAAACAAAGGCGGUGGUGCUUCAUUUCCUAAAGACAAUGGAAAGAUCCGUCCUGACUUGGAUGAGCUUAAAAUAAGGAGGGCCCAGAUGUUCUCUUAUGAGGACCUUGAGAGGGCCACCAAUGGAUUCAAAGAAGAAUCCCUAGUGGGGAAAGGAAGUUUUUCAUGUGUUUAUAAAGGGGUAUUGAAGCAUGGAACAGUAGUUGCUGUUAAAAAGGCUAUAGUCUCGUCUGAUAAGCAGAAGAACUCGAAAGAAUUCCACACUGAGCUCGAUCUAUUAUCAAGGUUAAACCAUGCCCAUUUGCUCAAUCUGCUUGGCUAUUGUGAAGAAGGUGGAGAAAGGCUUCUGGUUUAUGAGUUCAUGGCUCAUGGUUCCUUACACCAACAUCUUCAUGGGAAGAACAAUGCACUGAAAGAACAGCUAGAUUGGGUUCGAAGGGUCACCAUUGCAGUCCAAGCAGCUCGAGGAAUCGAAUACCUGCACGGAUAUGCUUGCCCGCCUGUAAUUCAUCGAGACAUAAAAUCUUCUAACAUUCUCAUUGAUGAAGAACAUAAUGCCCGUGUGGCUGAUUUCGGCCUCUCUUUGUUGGGACCAGCUGAUAGUAGCUCGCCAUUAGCUGAGCUACCUGCUGGAACACUUGGCUAUCUUGAUCCUGAAUACUAUAGACUUCACUACCUUACUACAAAAUCUGAUGUUUAUAGCUUUGGUGUGUUACUUUUGGAAAUUCUCAGUGGCAGGAAAGCUAUAGAUAUGCAAUACGAAGAGGGGAAUAUAGUCGAAUGGGCAGUUCCUCUGAUCAAAUCAGGGGAUAUAACAGCAAUUUUAGAUCCAGUUUUGAAGCCUCCACCUGAUCUUGAAGCAUUGAAAAGAAUAGCAAAUGUGGCUUGCAAGUGUGUCAGAAUGAAAGGCAAAGAAAGGCCAUCAAUGGACAAAGUAACAACAGCAUUGGAGCGCGCACUUGCACAGCUGAUGGGCAGCCCAUGUAAUGAGCAACCAAUAUUGCCAACUGAGGUGGUUCUUGGAAGCAGUAGAUUGCACAAGAAAUCUUCUCAAAGAUCUUCAAAUAGAUCAGCAUCAGAGACUACUGAUGUGGUAGAAGCUGAAGAUCAAAGGUUCGAGUUUCGAGCUCCUUCAUGGAUAACAUUCCCAAGUGUUACUUCAUCCCAGAGAAGAAAAUCCUCGGUUUCAGAAGCAGAUGUUGAAGGGAAAAACUCAGAAGCAAAAAAUCUGGGUUACAUUGGAAAUGCUGGGGAUGGGUUAAGGAGUUUGGAUGAAGAGAUUGGUCCUGCUUCACCUCAAGAGAGAUUGUUCUUGCAGCAUAAUUUCUGAAAUUAUCCUCAAACAUUUUGAGUUUUUUGAUUGUUGUCGUUGUGUUUCCAUUUUAGUUUCUUGCAGGAUGAACUUGUAAAAAGAGGAAAAAAAAAUGGAUGGAGGAUGUAAUUUGCUGAGUUACUACUCUCUAGUGAUGCCAUAUCCCUCUUGUCCUUGUUGUGUUUAAUUUUGUUAGCUUCAGCAAGCAAUUUAUGAAAGAAUUUUAUUAGGCAGUGAUUCAUCUGUUGUCUAACAGAGUUAAAUAACGAAAAAGUAUCUAUAUA